GUCGUGUGCGGGUGGAGGUGAGGAGAGAGGGCGAGUGUCGGUGACAGAGUCGAAGACGAAGAUUCCUAGGAGAAUCACGUGAAGCAUUAGUGCCUGCUAGCGGCUUGGCUCGCUCGCACGGUCCGUUAUCUCGAAUUCGGCGUUUGCGUUAAAGGGCGCGCCUCCACAUCCCCGCCAAAAGCACCGCUCGAGUUCCCUCUAGGCCGGACUUGUGCGCAUCGUGGAGGAGUGUGGCCAUGUCCACAGAGGGGAGCUCCGCGCAGCCGCCGCCGCCGGGCAACGCCAAACCGAACGCGCCAAAGCCCUCCGCCAGCAUCACUUCUAGCUUCAUCAACAAGUCUGGCAAGCCGGCCGCCGCCCCAAAAGCAGUCCGCCGACGACGGCCCGGUGCAGGAGCAGCAGCCGCGACACCCCAGCCCUCGCAACCUCCCACUUCCACCGCUGAGAGUCAAGCCGAAGCACAGCCAGACACUACUCCUGCCCUCGAAUCGCAGCCAGUAGCACCGCUGCCUACGCCAGCUGCCACACAAGAGACCGCUUCGCACGAUGUACCCCAGACGAAGCAACCCGUUUCUGCUCCUUCAAUUACUGUGACGGAACCAAGCGCGGCUACAGAAACACCCAGUACAGUAGUCGAGCCGCCGCCCACCCCAGCACCAACAAGCGUAGACUCUGCGCCUCAGCAAGAGAAAGCCAUCGAGCCUCCGGCUAAUGAUGCCCCAUUGCCAGAGACGGAGCCCACCGCGACCGGAGAAACCUCUGCAGGAGCACAAAGAACAGUCAACGAGGAGACACGCGCGGCAGAGCCGUCCGAGGUGCGAAGUCCUGCCAAACAAACGCGUCCAAAGCGAAGGAGGUUCCCAUGGGCCACUGUCAACGCGCCGCAAGAUAACGACGAUGAACCCGUAGCUGCUACCGCGGGGGCACGACGAGCCAAAGUCAAGGGCAGAAGAAAGGCUGCUACAACCGCCAACGCAGAAGUAGAGGAAGGCGGAGAGGAUGAGGAGACCCUGGCCGCACCCAAGCGGCCAAGCGCAAAAGCUCGGGGUAAGCAGAAGGCCGUAGAAGCGGAUGCUGAGCAGGCCGCUGAGGAAGAUGUAGCGGAUGUCGAGGCUGGCCAACGCCCAGGACGGAAACCUCGUAGGCCCAGGAAAGCCAAGGGGAAAAAAAGCACAGUUGAGGAAGACGAAGAGGAUGCAGAGGCCGGCGAGGCCGAAGAAGCAGAGUCGGGACGCCGCAAGAGAAAGAGGAGGAAGAAGAAUGCAGGACAAGCGGAAGGCGCUGCAGAAGAAGAAGGUGAGCGGCAAACCAGGCGCAAGGGCCGACCGCCGCGACAACCGACGCCUUCCGAUGCAGAGGACGAAGUCAUCGAUCCCAACGAUACGUUCAUGGACAGCCUCGCGUCGCGCAACAUCCGCGUUGGAAAAUUGUCGACCCGAGAGAAGAGAAUGCGCGAGAUCAACUGGGCGGAAGUCAAACAGCGAAAGAGGGAAGAGGAGAUGAUGCUAGUAAACGGCAGACGCAAGGACCGAGACGAGGUCAAUCGACAGCUCGACGAAGCAGGAGAAGCCCGCAACGAAACCACGCAACCGCAGGCCAGCGGGCCCCAACUGCGCGAAGUCGACGGCCAAAUUGUGCUCGUCCACGACUCAGGAACAAUCAACCGAGAAGCAGACGCGGACCGCGAGAUCGAACAAAUGGAGGUGCUCCAAGAAGACGACCUCACCAAUCGCAUCACCCAGAGCAGUUUUCUGCGGAACAAUAAGAGGUUUCCGAAUGAGUUUCUGCUCCCCGGCCAGGGAAAGCGCUGGAAGUUCAAUGACACGGAUGACUUCUACAAGGCACUCGCAAUGUUUGGUACCGACUUUAUGAUGAUCUCCACCCUUUUUCCUGGCACCUCGCGUCGCUCCAUCAAGACCAAAUUCGUCCGUGAGGAGAGGAGAAAUCCCGAUGAGAUAAAGAAGAUAUUGCAUGGCCAGAUGAAUAGCGAUUGGAAUCAGUAUCUGGCGAAGUCGGGGAGAAAGGAUGACUCGUUCCUCGACCCAGAUGAGAUUAUGCGGCAGCUGGAGGAGGAACGGGCGCAGAUGGAGAUACAGAUUGAGGCGGCGAGGGCGGAGGCGGAGGAAGAGAGGAGACAGCGCAGGUUGGCGGGCGUGGAUAGUGAGGAGGAGGCAGGGGAUAAGGAGAAUGGGAAGGGCAGGAAGAAGAAAAAGGGGAAGGGAAAGGCGGCUAAGCAGGUUGCCUUUGAGGCGGAGGAGGGUGUGGAGAUUUUGGGUGAGAUCGACGAGGCUGAGGGAUGGGGAAGGGAGUAG